UUAAAUGCUAUGUUGCAUUUCUGACUCGUCUGUAAAUUUUUAUUUUAUAUUUUUUAUAUUAUCUAUAUAAAUUGUCCAAAAUGGAGGAAACCUUGGGGUACAAUGAUAAUGAGAGAAUGACGGCGACACCUCAAUGGCAAAUGGGUGGAACGAGUGCUCUGUCUUUUGAAACAAAAGGUUCCACGAUAUAUCUUCAAUCACAAAAGAAUAAUUUGCAUCUGGUACAGAAGAAACAAACCCCCUCAAACCGUCCAACUAUACCAGCGACACGACCGCAGAAGCUAGCCUACUAUCGCUGUCAAGUGACGUCGCCGUCCAAAACGCAGAUCAUUUGUAUGCAACAUGUGCGAUUCAACAGGUUUCUUUGGUAUUACAUAUUUAAUUUAUUCUUCAAGAGCCUACCGCACACAUACGUAUACAUUUUCCUGGCUUCCUACGCCGCCGAAGAACAUUUCUUUUUGCCUAAAAUGGUGCCUGUAUGUUGGGGUCUCAACAUUGUUUACAUCAUAACUGCGAUAAUGGAAAUCUUUUGUUACAUCGACAAUGCUAUAUUUCUAUUGGACUAUGCUAUAUGUGGAAUACUGUAUAAGAAUCCAUGGAACAGAUGUGACAAAAAAUCUACUUAUAUAGAAAAUCUUAAUAUUACAGUCAAUUGUUACGUAUUGGAAGAGUUUUCUAAAAAAUUCGAGAGCAAUUCAACGGUAUUUCGUUCCACCUUCUAUGCUACAGCUGACGAAGAAUAUUUUCAACUUGCAUCUAUAGAUUAUUUUAAACGACGUAUAGCAAUUAUUGAUAAUUGGAACUAUUCCUAUAUGAAUUUGUACUUUAUUUUUAUGUGGCUUUUGGUAGCAAUAUCUUAUAAAGCGUUAUUCAAAAAAUACAUUUGGGUGCACUUGUACAGAGUUCAAUUGGCACUGAAUAUAAUGUACAUGGCCGUUUUCGUGCAUCUCGUCUUGGACUCCUUCUUAGGACAUUUGGAUAGACGGCCAGAAAUAACCAGUACUGUCGACGAGCUGACUCAAAAAAUGUGGAAAGCCGAUGUUGAUAUGCUAGCAGAGUCUAUGACUACGCCUCCUGUCGUUCAUAUCUUGACAGCUAGAAGUGUUGACGAGAUCGAACCAAGUCGAGACAGCGCAGUGAUUUUAAUGUCGAACGCCAUAUAUUUUAUAUUUAGAGGAUUACUGUCUUACAAGAAAAAAAAAUACUGCGAAGCGUUGACAGGAGCUCCUAUAUAUCUAACUGAUUUUAACCAACAUUCCUUUUUAUACUUCUGGCCAAUGUAUUUCUCGAGUUUCUACUUGGGGAAUAUUUAUACGAAUGUGUUUUUCCUUCUUAACUUUUUAGUGGAAACAUUCGUUGUGAUUAUUACAUACGAAUGUCUAAUAGAAGCGAUAGUUUGUGAAUGGAAAAUGGUCAAAAGAAUGCCACUUACAUGUACCAUUAUCGUGGGUGGUAUUAUACCAUAUUAUUUGUCCACUAUUGACACUCGUAUGAUAUUUCUCGUAUACAGUAAAAGUAUAGUAACAUUAGCUGAAGUUAUUGGUAUAUAUAUUUUAUAUCCCUUGGGAAGAUUGGUCGAUGACAUUACCUUUCAUCACGGCGUGGCGCCAAGUAAACUUAGAAUUUUAAAUCUAAGAUUCGUUCCCAUAUUUUACACGAUAAAAAUUUACACAUUGUUCGACGCACUGGAAGAAGUAUUGCAACAAAUAAAAUUUUUUGAAAUGUACCCACUAAUGAAAUGGUCAUUUCUUUUAGUCUUAACACCCAUAUUUUUGGGAUUGAUUCACGCCAUUGUUAAAAAUAAAAAUGCUGGAAACGAUUGCUGGGCGUUAUUCUGUCCGAAGAAAGAUUUUGGACCCAGAGACUUUACAGUAAGGCAAUGGAGAAAACUGUACGACUCUAGAGAGUACGUUGGCUCGCAAGCCGCCAAACUUCUUACUCGGUACAUGAUGAGCAAAGCCGAGUCCAAAGCAUACGAGUUGGAUAUAAAAUACAAUCCUAGCAGAUAUUCCACUUUUGAUAGUGCUAUUCGGAUUGAGAAAGAGAAUAAAGAAUUUUAAACUUCUAUCCAUUUUUAAAAUAAAAUAUUAUUUUUUGUAAUAAAAAAUAACAUUUUUAGUAAUAAAUAUACUCAUUUAUUACUUGCUUUACCGGCUCGCCCGGCGGCGCGUACCUAUAUAAUAGUGUUUCGAAGCCUGCACGCUCUAUAGCACCUUAUCAUCUUUGUAUUGUCUAAUAACAAAAAAGCUGUAAACGUUGUUUAUUAGGACAUUCUGUAGUAGGUAGGCAUAUUUAGUAUCAGUAUUGCACCCGUGCGAAGCUGGGGCGGGUCGCUAGUUUUAUUAUAUUAUUAAGAUUGAUAGAGCUUGUUUAUAAUUACAUCUAAAAAUACAAUCUGUCACGACUCCUUUUUAUCCUCGAAACGUCGCAAAAGGCAACUAAGGAACAAGAAAAAUGGCUACAAAAGUGUAAGAACAGGAAAACUCGAAAUAAAACACUAAAUCAAACCGUCUUGACAGCGUGGUUCUAGUGGACUAAUAAUAUCCGUGCCCAGCUGUGAGACCUUAAUGAGUUCUUACAGAUAUAAGUAUAAAAUAAAGGUAUCAUCAUAUCAGCCUUUAACCCU